AUGCGUAUGAGCUGUAAUGGGUGUAGAGUCCUACGAAAGGGUUGCAGUGACGACUGCACCAUAAGGCACUGUUUGGAAUGGAUCCAAACUCCCGAGUCACAGGCCUACGCCACCGUCUUCCUCGCCAAGUUCUACGGCCGCACCGGACUCAUCAACCUCAUCAACGCCGGUCCACACAAUCUCCGCCCUGAUAUCUUUAAAUCUCUUCUGCACGAGGCCUGUGGGCGGAUCGUGAAUCCUAUAUUCGGGUCGGUCGGGUUGGUUUGGUCCGGGAACUGGAAGCUAUGCCAGGACGCUGUCGAGGCGGUUCUGAGAGGUGAGCCGAUAACCCGAAUGGGCAAAAACGGGCCGGCCGGCGAUAUAAGGCACGUAAGCAAGGAGGGCGAUGUAUCCCUGCGUCGGGUCAGGACCCGCUGCAGGUUCAAGCGCUCUGCUUCCAAGUCGAAUCGCUGGAAUCGUGUGUGGGUUAACGACGGUGAAUUCAACCGGUCUCCGAGUCACGAGUCGUCUUUGAGCCAGCAAUCUGAACCGGCGGCAUGCGAGUCUCUUGGUUCCCCUGAGCAGGAAUGUGUCGCGGCUGAUCAGGAAAGUGAGGUUGAGCUGGAUCUGACGCUGGGUUUAGAGCCGCCCAAAUUCGGGUGGAUUUUGGAAAAUGGAGUUAGGGCUGGACUGUUUUCGGUUUCAUGA